UGAGAGCCAAGCCAUCUCACUGGACUCUCUGUAAGUCAAAAGUUGAACGUUUAUACGUCGAGCAAUGCUAUUUAAUAUUUUGUUCCUCGUUUGUACCGGACUAGCGGUCAGCAACGCUAAAACACAACCAGUCAAGUUGACCACAGCUGACAUUAAUGCUUUCCUGAACGCCCACAACGCGGCUCGUAAAGCAGUGGGUGUACCGGACUUGAAGUGGAACAGUUCGCUGAGUGUAUCUGCAGGAAGCUACGGGUCUCAGUGUGAAUGGGGUCACAGUGAUGGAGAGUACGGGGAAAAUCUCUACGCUGGAAGUCCAAUUAAUAAAAACCACGCUGCACUUGCCACUUCUGCUGUAACUAGCUGGGUGUCAGAGAAAGCAGUACAGGACCCCCCUGCAUGGAAAUGCUUCACCACUAAGCCCACAUGUGGUCACUAUAGCCAGGUCGUUUGGAGCAGAACAACAUCAGUAGGCUGUGCAAUCAUACAUUGCCCUGAUCUGGAUAACUAUGUCCUCUGUCAGUACUGGCCCCCUGGCAACUACAGAGGACAGAAACCUUACUAAUGUGCUGGCAUUCUAAAGAGUUAAGGUUUUGUGAUCAAGUUCAAUACAAAACGAAACGUAUCCAUUAGAUUUAAUGAUAUUGGUAUAGACAUCUCAAGCCAUCAGCACAUCUAAAAUUAAAGAGAAAUUUGAACACCUUUGAAAGAAGAUGUCAGUGUCAAGUGAAAGUGCAAGGACUAAACAAGAAGAGAACAGUGGGGACUUAAAUACACAAUUGAACUUUGAAGAUUGAAAAUAAAACCAAAAUUGAUAGGAA